CAACGAACUACUCCCAGUCCCAUUCCGUGACUAUAGCGGUUGGUGCCGAUGGAGGAGUCCCAUGAGCUUAAUCAGUGUGACCGAGCACCCCAGCAGCAGAGGCAUCACAGGUGGCCGCAAGACCUUCAACAAGGAAAGGGCAUACCUACCUAGGUAUAGCACAUAUAUUGAUCGUUGAAGCAUGGCUUUAGAAAUAGAAUCAUCUGAGUUGCCAAGAAUUACUAACGAUUUUUCGGACGCCCAAAAAGUUGGAAGUGGUGGCUAUGGAGACGUUUACAAGGCAGUCUACAAUGGGGAAGCCAUGGCAGUGAAGUUGCUUCAUGCGACCAAAGGAAUUGACGACAGACAAUUUAUGAAGGAACUCCGUAACCAUAUGAAGGUCCAACAUCCAAACAUUGUACGUCUAGUUGGGUAUUGCAAUGAAGAAACCAAGAAAUAUGUUGAGCUACCUGAUGGCACGUCUGUUUUUGGUAGACACAUAUACAAAGUGCUCUGCUUUGAAUAUAUGGUCGGCAGAAGCUUAGAUAAGCGUCUGUCUGGAAUUUCUCUGGGAGAUGAAUGGCGCACACAUUACCAAAUAAUAAAGGGGACUUGUGAAGGUUUGUGUUAUCUUCACAAUGGAUGUGAAAAUCGGAUCCUCCACUUGGAUCUAAAGCCUGCCAAUGUAUUACUUGACAAGAGCAUGAAACCGAAAAUUGCGGAUUUUGGACUGUCAAGGAUUUACACUGCAAGCCGUAGCCAUAUCAAAGUUGGUUCAGUUUCAGGGACAACGAAAUACAUGCCGCCUGAAUUAAUACAUGGGAGCGAGAUGUCAGACAAGACUGAUGUCUACGGUUUAGGUGUUACAAUCAUAGAAGUAAUUAGGGGAUCUGGCGGUUUUGAAAUUUAUCACGACUCAGGGGACACAAAUUUUGUUGAAGAUGUGUGUGCAUAUUGGAGGAAGAGGGAUAGCACAACAAAUUUAUAUCAAGUGGAGACAUGCGCCAAAAUUGCAGUACGUUGUCUCAAUCAUGAUAGAAGGAAGAGACCCACAAUAAAGGAGAUUGUAGAAAACUUGAAUGGUAUGGAAACUCAGGGUUUGAGCAAGGAUCUCCAUGCCCUCACGGUGAAUUCAUCCCUCCCAGUUCCAGACAAGAUGUCCAUUACCAUUUCAGGAAGGGGGGCACUGGAUGUGGUGAUUGUGUAUGCAUUUGAUUGUACUGACUCAACCCCAGCCUGGUACACAGCGGAUAAUGGGAUCUUUUGGUUGGUGCAAGAGAAGCUAACCAACUUGUGUGAUAGUUGCAUGGGCUAUAUUUACGUCAUGUCAACCCCUAACACAUACACGUCAGAUAUGAAAGUUGUUGACUCAGCUGAGACAAAGGAAACUGGAUACACGGGAUUCGCCUGGCGCAGGAUGACCUGCAGUAAAAAUAUGGCAUCAGGCCUUGCCGAGGCGCAUAAAAUGAUCAGCAAUCGUGGUCACCACAACGGCAUCAUAUUGUUCUUCUCGGAUGGGUUAAUAAACAAGGGCGACUUCUUUGAUGGAACAGAGAACUUUGUCUCCAAAGUGCCCGUCCACACAUUUACCCUCGGCGGGGACGCAUAUAACCAUGUUCUCCACUCCAUUGCGACCAAUUCUCCAGGUGGGAUGUUUCACACCAGUACCGUUCCAGAAAGGCCAAAUCUAUCAACACCCUUCUCAAAACUACUGGAUAGCCUCCUUGGCACUACCCCGAAGGACGAUGAGAUGCCUCUUAGUUCCAUUUCAGGAAGGGAGCCACUUGAUGUGGUGAUUGUGUAUGCCUUUGAUUGUACUCACUCGACCCCAGCCUGGCACACGGUGGAUAGUGGGGUAUUUUGGUUGGUGCAAGAGAAGCUGGCGCACUUUCCAGAUAGUUGCAUGGGUUACAUCUACGUCGACAUGACCCCAAACACAUACACAUCAGACAUGAAAGUAGUUGACCGCAAUGAGACAAAGGAAACUGGCUACACGAGUUUCGCGUGGCGUAGGAUAACCUGCACUAGAAACAUGUCAUCUGGACUUGCCGAGGCACAUAAAAUGAUCAGCAACCGCGGGCACCACAAUGGCAUCAUCUUGUUCUUCUCUAAUGGCAUGAUAAACAAGGGAGACUUCUUUGAUGGGACCGAGAACUUUGUCUCCAAAGUGCCUGUCCACACAUUUACCCUUGCCGGGGACGAAUAUAACCAUGUUCUCCACUCCAUUGCGAAAAAUUCUCCAGGUGGGAAGUUCCACACCAGCCCUGUUCCAGAAAGGCCAAACCUAUCAACAUCCUUCUCCAAGCUACUGGAUAACCUACUUGGCGGAACCCCAGAGGAUGAUGAGAGGCCUCUUAGUACCAUUUCAGGAAGGGGGCCACUAGAUGUGGUGAUUGUGUACGCCUUUGACUGCACUGAAUCAACCCCAGCCUGGUACACCGUGGAUAAUGGGAUCUUUUGGUUGCUUCAAGAGAAGUUGACGCACUUCCCUGAAAGUUGCAUGGGUUACAUCUACGUCGACAUGACCCCAAAUACAUACACGUCAGAUAUGAAAGUAGUUGACCCAAAUGAGACGAAGGAAACUGGCUACACGAGAUUCGCAUGGCGUAGAAUGACUUGUACUAAAAACAUGGCAUCAGGACUUGCCGACGCGCAUAAAAUGAUUAGCAACCGCGGGCACCACAAUGGCAUCAUCUUGUUCUUCUCUGAUGGCUUGAUAAACAAGGGGGACUUCUUUGAUGGAACUGAAAACUUUGUCUCCAAAGUGCCUGUCCACACAUUUACCCUCGGCGGGGACGCUUAUAACCAUGUUCUCCACUCCAUUGCAACAAAUUCUCCAGGCGGGAAGUUCCACACCAGCCCCGUUCCAGAAAGGCCAAACCUAUCAACAUCCUUCUCCAAGCUACUGGAUAGCCUACUUGGCGGAACCCCAGAGGAUUAUGAGAGGCCUUUUAGUUCCCUUUCAGGAAGGGAGCCACUCGAUGUGGUGAUUGUGUAUGCCUUUGACUGCACUGAAUCAACCCCAGCCUGGUACACGGUGGAUAAUGGGAUCUUUUGGUUGCUUCAAGAGAAGUUGACGCACUUCCCUGAAAGUUGCAUGGGUUACAUCUACGUCGACAUGACCCCAAACACAUACACAUCAGACAUGAAAGUAGUUGACCCAAAUGAGACGAAGGAAACUGGCUACACGAGAUUCGCAUGGCGUAGGAUGACUUGUACUAAAAACAUGGCAUCAGGACUUGCCGACGCGCAUAAAAUGACCAGCAACCGCGGGCACCACAAUGGCAUCAUCUUGUUCUUCUCUGAUGGCUUGAUAAACAAAGGGGACUUCUUUGAUGGAACUGAAAACUUUGUCUCCAAAGUGCCUGUCCACACAUUUACCCUCGGCGGGGAUGCAUAUAACCAUGUUCUCCACUCCAUUGCAACAAAUUCUCCAUGCGGGAAGUUCCACACCAGCCCCGUUCCAGAAAGGCCAAACCUAUCAACAUCCUUCUCCAAGCUACUGGAUAGCCUACUUGGCGGAACCCCAGAGGAUUAUGAGAGGCCUUUUAGUUCCCUUUCAGGAAGGGAGCCACUCGAUGUGGUUAUUGUGUAUGCCUUUGACUGCACUGACUCAACCCCAGCCUGGCACACGGUGGAUAAUGGGGUCUUUUGGUUGGUGCAAGAGAAGCUGACCCAUUUCCCUGAUAGUUGCAUGGGUUACGUCUACGUCGACGUCACCCCAAACACAUACACGUCGGACAUGAAAGUAGUUGACCCAGCCGAGACAAAGAAAACUGGCUACACGGGAUUCGCCCGGCGCAGGAUGACCUGUGGCAAAAACAUGGCAUCAGGCCUUGCCGAGGCGCAUAAAAUGCUCAGAAACCGUGGUUAUCACAACGGCAUAAUCUUGUUCUUCUCUGAUGGAUUAAUAAACAAGGGUGACUUUUUUUAUGGAACCGACAACUUCAUCUCCAAAGUGCCUGUCCACACAUUUACUGUUGGCGGCGACGCAUAUAACCAUGGUCUCCAAGCCAUCGCAGCAAAUUCUCCAGGUGGGACGUUCAACGCAAUUCCAGUUCCAGAGAGACCGCAUCUCUCAGUGCCCUUCUCGAAACUACUGGAUAGCCUCCUUAGCGGCACAAUGGAGGACAUAAGUUAUCAAUAGUGUGGGUGAUUUGUUCAAGUCUCAGAAACGCGCUCAGGCACUCCAUUUCCAACGCCUUUGUUUCACGGUUCUGUCAUUUGCCAGAUUUUAUUAAUAAUAACUCUAACGAGAAGGAUGAUGGCUUGAACACCUAUCAAUCAACAUUGAAAAAUACACCAGCUAGUUUUACUACA